GAAUGCAGGGAAUUGUAGUCAUGGAAUGUCCACUACUUCCUGAAAAGUAGACAAGGAAAAAGUACAAGUACGAGUUUGACUUUACGUUUUAUUUUAUUUUUUAAAUCAGCCUCCAUUAGUACGAUAUAACGUUCAAACGAAUGGGAAUAUGUCUCUGAUGGAACAGGGUGGUGGUGCCCCCAUCAGGCCGGUGACGGCAGUGGCCUGGACCUCCAACAGUGCCAGCUGCCCCAAAGACUUCAACCUGAUUAGCUCAACUGAGGAUGGAGUUGCGGCUAACUUCACGCGGAGUUUUGCCAUGAAAUCUGGCUAUUACCUCUGCUACAGCAAAGAGCCGUCAGGUGGGAUGGUGGUUUCUGACAUCCAGGUGAUCUCUGACAAGGAGGCCAUCCCUAGUGGAUACUGCUUCAUACCUGAACACCUGGAGCCCAAGGCGUCUGUGUGGAAGAAGAAGCGUGUGUGUGUGCGACUGGUGCAGGAGUGCAGCGUUGAGGCGGCAGUGCUCGACAUCAAAGUGACGGCCAAGAGUAGGAUGAUGCUACAGCAUUACACCUGUAUAGGGGACAUCCAUGGCUACGUGAUGUGGUGCCGGAAGGGGCCCUUCUCCAGCCUCCUACCCCGGGCCAAGCCCCGCAAGGUCAGCCUAACCCUCCGCGAGCUCUCCCUUGACCAGAACACUCCUCCACUGCCCCUCAGACCCAGUAACGCUCCGCUCCUGCCUCCUGGCAGGAAGAUCAGCAGUCGUCGUGGGAACCUUGGAUCAAACGACGCUGUGGACAAAGCGGCAGACAACAGCAACAUCUACGGCAUCUCUGCCAUAGACGGGGUUCCCUUUGCUCUCCACCCAAAGUUUGAGACCCAGACCAACGACACGACCCCCGUUAACAUUCUGGACAAUAUCCGCAUCAAAUCUUUCCAGGACAUUGAAAAUGAGUACAACUACACAUUCAAGGUGGAGGAAAACGCAGCCGACAGAAGCAGACCUUUUCUCUCCACAGGAAUCACCUCUUAGGCUCAAUGACCUUUCAACUACGACCUCAACUGUGCCAUCAUGCACACUCCUUAAGCACUACAGGGUCAAUGUUAUAUGUCAUGUGAUCAUCAUUAGUUUCUAGUUAACCGACAAAUCCUCUCUGACUGAGUAGUGCCUUUGUAUGUUCUACUUCGACAUUCCAGAGUUCUCACACGUUCCGUUCCUUGAACCCAUUCUUACUGUGUUCUAAACUUUACACGUUCCAUUCUCACCUCCAAA